AUGGCACUAGAAUCAGACAACACACGGAGUGUUACAGCAUCUCGUACUGUCAUCUCGCUGUUGUACAUGGAUUCGCACAACCCCAAGCUACCUAAUACUGUAAUUAUAAGUACGACACUCGAAGACUUUGCUGUGGCAGUUGCUGAUUUGCUGGCAGAGCUGUCGUACUGUGCGACAGGGACCCUGGAUCAGCCCUUCGCAUCGGCGCCAGACGCCGCCUGCCUCUGCGGCCCAUACCUGUCCACCGAGGCGGCGUCCGGCGGUGCGGUCGCUGCCUGGCUGUCCUCGAAGCGCUCCCCAGGGAGCGCCUGCCUCCUUGGGCACGCAGUCGAGUGGGAUCGGACAGGACCCAGUGGUGCUGAGCCAGCCACACCUGCCGCCACGCCACACUUGCGGCCACCCGCGCUCGGAGCUGCCCCUCUGCAGGGUGGCACGCAGACGCAGGAGCUGCAGUAUCUGGACCCAGUGGUGCUGAGCCAGCCACACCUGCCGCCACGGCACACUUGCGGCCACUCGGCCCACCCGCACUCGGAGCUGCCCCUCUGCAGGGUGGCACGCAGACGCAGGAGCCGUAGUAUCUGCAAGCAGUCAAGUGGGAUCGGACAGGACCCAGUGGUGCUGAGCCAGCCACACCUGCCGCCACGGCACACUUGCGGCCACUCGGCCCACCCGCGCUCGGAGCUGCCCCUCUGCAGGGUGGCACGCAGACGCAGGAGCCGUAGUAUCUGCAAGCAGUCGAGUGGGAUUGGACAGGACCCAGUGGUGCUGAGCCAGCCACACCUGCCGCCACGGCACACUUGCGGCCACUCGGCCCACCCGCACUCGGAGCUGCCCCUCUGCAGGGUGGCACGCAGACGCAGGAGCCGUAGUAUCUGCAAGCAGUCAAGUGGGAUCGGACAGGACCCAGUGGUGCUGAGCCAGCCACACCUGCCGCCACGGCACACUUGCGGCCACUCGGCCCACCCGCGCUCGGAGCUGCCCCUCUGCAGGGUGGCACGCAGACGCAGGAGCCGUAGUAUCUGCAAGCAGUCGAGUGGGAUUGGACAGGACCCAGUGGUGCUGAGCCAGCCACACCUGCCGCCACGGCACACUUGCGGCCACUCGGCCCACCCGCACUCGGAGCUGCCCCUCUGCAGGGUGGCACGCAGACGCAGGAGCCGUAGUAUCUGCAAGCAGUCAAGUGGGAUCGGACAGGACCCAGUGGUGCUGAGCCAGCCACACCUGCCGCCACAGCACACUUGCGGCCACUCGGCCCACCCGCGCUCGGAGCUGCCCCUCUGCAGGGUGGCACGCAGACGCAGGAGCCGUAGUAUCUGCAAGCAGUUGAGUGGGAUCGGACAGGACCCAGUGGUGCUGAGCCAGCCACACCUGCCGCCACGGCACACUUGCGGCCACUCGGCCCACCCGCACUCGGAGCUGCCCCUCUGCAGGGUGGCACGCAGACGCAGGAGCCGUAGUAUCUGCAAGCAGUCAAGUGCGAUCGGACAGGACCCAGUGGUGCUGAGCCAGCCACACCUGCCGCCACGGCACACUUGCAGCCACUCGGCCCACCCGCACUCGGAGCUGCCCCUCUGCAGGGUGGCACGCAGACGCAGGAGCCGUAGUAUCUGCAAGCAGUCGAGUGGGAUCGGACAGGACCCAGUGGUGCUGAGCCAGCCACACCUGCCGCCACGGCACACUUGCGGCCACUCGGCCCACCCGCACUCGGAGCUGCCCCUCUGCAGGGUGGCACGCAGACGCAGGAGCCGUAGUAUCUGCAAGCAGUCAAGUGGGAUCGGACAGGACCCAGUGGUGCUGAGCCAGCCACACCUGCCGCCACGGCACACUUGCGGCCACUCGGCCCACCCGCGCUCGGAGCUGCCCCUCUGCAGGGUGGCACGCAGACGCAGGAGCCGUAGUAUCUGCAAGCAGUCGAGUGGGAUCGGACAGGACCCAGUGGUGCUGAGCCAGCCACACCUGCCGCCACGGCACACUUGCGGCCACUCGGCGGACCCGCACUCGGAGCUGCCCCUCUGCAGGGUGGCACGCAGACGCAGGAGCCGUAGUAUCUGCAAGCAGUCGAGUGGGAUCGGACAGGACCCAGUGGUGCUGAGCCAGCCACACCUGCCGCCACGGCACACUUGCGGCCACUCGGCCCACCCGCACUCGGAGCUGCCCCUCUGCAGGGUGGCUGGCAGAUGCAGGAGCCGUAGUAUCUGCAAGCAGUCAAGUGCGAUCGGACAGGACCCAGUGGUGCUGAGCCAGCCACACCUGCCGCCACGCCACACUUGCAGCCACUCGGCCCACCCGCGCUCGGAGCUGCCCCUCUGCAGGGUGGCACGCAGACGCAGGAGCUGCAGUAUCUGCAAGCUGUCGAGUGGGAUCGGACAGGACCCAGUGGUGCUGAGCCAGCCACACCUGCCGCCACGCCACACUUGCGGCCACUCGGCCCACCCGCGCUCGGAGCUGCCCCUCUGCAGGGUGGCACGCAGACACAGGAGCCGUAGUAUCUGCAAGCAGUUGAGUGGGAUCGGACAGGACCCAGUGGUGCUGAGCCAGCCACACCUGCCGCCACGGCACACUUGCGGCCACUCGGCCCACCCGCACUCGGAGCUGCCCCUCUGCAGGGUGGCACGCAGACGCAGGAGCCGUAGUAUCUGCAAGCAGUCAAGUGCGAUCGGACAGGACCCAGUGGUGCUGAGCCAGCCACACCUGCCGCCACGGCACACUUGCAGCCACUCGGCCCACCCGCACUCGGAGCUGCCCCUCUGCAGGGUGGCACGCAGACGCAGGAGCCGUAGUAUCUGCAAGCAGUCGAGUGGGAUCGGACAGGACCCAGUGGUGCUGAGCCAGCCACACCUGCCGCCACGGCACACUUGCGGCCACUCGGCCCACCCGCACUCGGAGCUGCCCCUCUGCAGGGUGGCACGCAGACGCAGGAGCCGUAGUAUCUGCAAGCAGUCAAGUGGGAUCGGACAGGACCCAGUGGUGCUGAGCCAGCCACACCUGCCGCCACGGCACACUUGCGGCCACUCGGCCCACCCGCGCUCGGAGCUGCCCCUCUGCAGGGUGGCACGCAGACGCAGGAGCCGUAGUAUCUGCAAGCAGUCGAGUGGGAUCGGACAGGACCCAGUGGUGCUGAGCCAGCCACACCUGCCGCCACGGCACACUUGCGGCCACUCGGCGGACCCGCACUCGAAGCUGCCCCUCUGCAGGGUGGCACGCAGACGCAGGAGCCGUAGUAUCUGCAAGCAGUCGAGUGGGAUCGGACAGGACCCAGUGGUGCUGAGCCAGCCACACCUGCCGCCACGGCACACUUGCGGCCACUCGGCCCACCCGCACUCGGAGCUGCCCCUCUGCAGGCAAGCAGUCAAGUGCGAUCGGACAGGACCCAGUGGUGCUGAGCCAGCCACACCUGCCGCCACGCCACACUUGCAGCCACUCGGCCCACCCGCGCUCGGAGCUGCCCCUCUGCAGGGUGGCACGCAGACGCAGGAGCUGCAGUAUCUGCAAGCAGUCGAGUGGGAUCGGACAGGACCCAGUGGUGCUGAGCCAGCCACACCUGCCGCCACGCCACACUUGCGGCCACUCGGCCCACCCGCGCUCGGAGCUGCCCCUCUGCAGGGUGGCACGCAGACGCGGGAGCUGCAGUAUCUGGACCCAGUGGUGCUGAGCCAGCCACACCUGCCGCCACGGCACACUUGCGGCCACUCGGCCCACUCGCACUCGGAGCUGCCCCUCUGCAGGGUGGCACGCAGACGCAGGAGCCGUAGUAUCUGCAAGCAGUCGAGUGGGAUCGGACAGGACCCAGUGGUGCUGAGCCAGCCACACCUGCCGCCACGCCACACUUGCGGCCACUCGGCCCACCCGCGCUCGGAGCUGCCCCUCUGCAGGGUGGCACGCAGACGCAGGAGCCGUAGUAUCUGCAAGCAGUCGAGUGGGAUCGGACAGGACCCAGUGGUGCUGAGCCAGCCACACCUGCCACCACGGCACACUUGCGGCCACUCGGCCCACCCGCGCUCGGAGCUGCCCCUCUGCAGGGUGGCACGCAGACGCAGGAGCCGUAGUAUCUGCAAGCAGUCGAGUGGGAUCGGACAGGACCCAGUGGUGCUGAGCCAGCCACACCUGCCGCCACGGCACACUUGCGGCCACUCGGCCCACCCGCACUCGGAGCUGCCCCUCUGCAGGGUGGCACGCAGACGCAGGAGCCGUAGUAUCUGCAAGCAGUCAAGUGGGAUCGGACAGGACCCAGUGGUGCUGAGCCAGCCACACCUGCCGCCACGGCACACUUGCGGCCACUCGGCCCACCCGCGCUCGGAGCUGCCCCUCUGCAGGGUGGCACGCAGACGCAGGAGCCGUAGUAUCUGCAAGCAGUCGAGUGGGAUCGGACAGGACCCAGUGGUGCUGAGCCAGCCACACCUGCCGCCACGGCACACUUGCGGCCACUCGGCCCACCCGCACUCGGAGCUGCCCCUCUGCAGGGUGGCACGCAGACGCAGGAGCCGUAGUAUCUGUGAUUCUGACUGCUUCGAUGAUGAUAUUAAUGAUCCAGAUUUCAAUUUAAAUGAGGAGAUGGAAGAUUCUACUUAUAUUAAUUCUACUGCAAGGCAAGGAAACAAUGACAAUGGUAUGCCAUAUAAUAUGUUCAUCACAGCUAGGAGAAGAUAG